AUGGCACAGGCACCAGACCAGGCUAUCCAGCGGAUACGAGAGUAUGCUCAGGAGGCACGUAAGCUGCACGACGACGCUGUCGAUUUCGACGCGUCUGACACGGAAGCUCGCCUGGCGCAGACGGUGAAGGAGCUACAGGCACGCGUACAGGAACAACAGGCAGCGCUGGACCAGGUAAGAAGAGACUGCAGCCACGCGGAUCCGCGUGAGAAGCUGCAACAACUGGUGGCAGUCAAGGAUGCAUAUAAACGCUUGAAGCCGACUGCGACAUAUCUGCCUCCUCAAGGAUCACUUCUGCCAGCGUUGUUAGCCGCCCGCAGCAUCCAGCAGAACGUACAGGGAACCAAGGAAGCCAUUGCCAGCACCCAGUCUCAACUUAUUGCAAAAGAGACGGCUCUUCGUCGCGAAGAAGCUAAUCUGCACGAUGCAGACCGCCUCACGCAGGCAAUGCAGGAUCGUAUCCAGCGAUUACGCUCCCAGCACCAAGACCGCUCGCAAAAGACGCCUGCCCAGCUUGCACGUGAACUGAUUGCUGCCAAACGCGCGCAGAAAGAGCAUUCUGACGCGGAAAUGCAGCGUCUAGGCGAAGCUAUGAAUGACUUCAUCAAUGACUACCUCUCUACCAUGCUCGCAGCAGAAGAGCUCGGCGGGCCUGUCGUAGGCGACAUGCUCGACGUAGACGACGACACACUAGCCGCGGGCUUCACCAGAAAAGGGCGGGCAAAAUCUUCCAAAAAGCCUCCAUCAGACAAGACUCGACAGCGCCGAAUCGACCAAAUCUGGGGGCCCACCAAGCCGGCUGCCGAUCAAGAUGAUGAUGACCACGAGGAAGAGCCACCACCCACCGAGGCGGAAGCAGCUGACGCGGAAAUGCGGAAACUAAUAGGCGAUCUCUUUGCUACGCUCAUGGGUCCGGGGGGAGGCAAAGCCUAUGUUCAGCUCCAGAGAGAUUCCGCGGCCUCCCGGUUCUUAGUCCGAGCAAAGAUUGCCCAAUUCCACCCCAAAGACGCAAACAAGUUACGUUUGAUAGACUUUGGACGGGAACUAGACGAUUGAAGGUGUUUUGGGAAGACAGAGAACCA